AAGAAAGUGGCCGAGUUGGUCAAGUUCCUGAGUGUGAAGUGUAUGUCCAAAGAGCCCGUCACGGAGGAAGAAAUGCUGAAGAGUGUCAUCAAAGAGUACAAGGAGCACUUCCCCGUGAUCUUCCUGAAAGCCUGUGAAUGCAUGGAGGUCGUCUUUGGCAUUGACGUGAGGAAAGUGGACCUUGUCAGCCGUUGCUAUGUGCUCGACAAGACACUGGACCUCACCUACGACGGGAGGCUGAGCGAUGACCAGGGCAUGCCCAAGACCGGCCUCCUCAUCCUCAUCCUCGGUAUCAUCUUCAUGGAGGGCAACUGUGCCCCUGAAGAGAAGAUCUGGGAGGUGCUCAAUAAGAUUGGGGUGUAUGACACCAGGACGGAUUUCAUCUAUGGGGAGCCUAGGAAGUUUAUCACCAGAGAUCUGGUGCAGGAAAAAUACCUGGAGUACCGGCAGGUACCAAACACUUAUCCCCCAUGCUACGAAUUCCUGUGGGGCCCAAGGGCUCACGCUGAAACCAGCAAAAUGAAAGUCUUAAAGUUCUUCUCCAAGGUGGCUGGGUAUGACGCCACUUCCUUCUCAUCCUUGUACAAGGAAGCUUUGAGAGACGAAGAAGAAAAAGCUCAGGCUCACGUUGCCACCACAGAUGGUUAG